UUUGUAAUUGUCGAUCGCCCCGCUUUCGUUAUGCAUACUCUCUCCGAUCGGUCAUCAUCGGCUCUAAAAAGCUGCUUCGCAAUUGGAAGUGCGAACGGGGCCGACACUGUGGUGGAACUUCGUUGUCGCAAGGAUCGGGAUUGGGCGUGCAUGGUUGAAAGCGAAGCGGUAGAUUUAUCAUUUCAACCCAAAGUAAACGGACCGUAAAGAAUGGACGCCUGAGGGAGUGGCCGCCGUUCCUGCUGCUGCCGCUACAUGAGAGGAGCGGCCUCCCUAGGGUUUUGUUUCUUCCCUUGAGGAGAAGAUGCGACACAAGGAGGGAGAGCCUUCGAUGUCGCUCUUGACUCUUCUUAGAGCUGCGACGUCCGUGCUCGGUGGGUCGCGCGACCGCUUCCCCUCCGACUCCUCCAUGGUUCGUUUCUUCAGGCCUUACUCUCCUCCUCCCACCUUCUUCGGUUUCGAUUUCACGUGGACUUGAAGAAUUGGAUAUUCGUUUGCGAGUUUCCGGUCUAUUUGUUAGCCAUGUUUUUUCGCUAUUUAGGGUUCUUAUCAAGAUUCGGUUUUUGUUGGCUUCUGUUGAUGAAAAUAAUCGCAAGUAACUUUCUUUCGCUUUCCAAGAUUCCUCUUUCUUGUGGUUGCGGUGGUUGGUGAACCACGGAUUUCGUGUUUUUUCAGUAAAGACAAAAAUCGGCACAAAUGUUGUUUCCUUGUAAAUCUUCCUCGUGUCCCUGGUCGGCUUGGUCACUUCUCAUGGGCGUGACUGAAGUCAACCUAUUCAUCGCGUCAAUUAUUUGUUCCCAUACAUUUCUUUUAUUUCUAAGUGAGUACCGAAGGAAUGGAAUAUGGAACCCAUUGACAUUGCCGAGUCUGACUGCUGAUGAUGAAGUGACAAGACUUUGAUGUGCACAUGGUUAAUAGAAUACUCUUCUUGUAGUGACUGUAAAGGCCACGCUGCAAGAUCUUAAGCUGCAUUGCGGUAACAUUCCUGCUUAUCUGAGAUCUGCCAAUUUUAAGAUUCAAUUGGGAAUUGCUUAUUUGAUAUUUUAUGAUUGCUGCUUCCUUUUUAUUUGGUAUGACUGAUUCUUGGUUGCAUAAAAUCGUAUAGUAAUUUGCCAAUAAGAUUGUGUGUCACUUGAUCAUGUCAUGACUGAAUCAGAAAUCAUGUGUGGACCUCAAGCAGCCAGUAAUACUCAUAGUAGGUGGGUUAACCAGGCAGCUUUUAGGAUAUAUCAUCCACUAAAUUAAUUAUUUUUUACAAACUCUAUAAUUGAGUUGCAUCCUUUAUUUUUUGGGUGAAAUUUCGUACAACGAAACAAAUCAUAGUUCACAUUUAGGGAAUAUCUUGAUCGUACUCAAAAUAUUUGUCUUGCUGACUGUUUGUUUUAUGUAUUGAAUGGAUAUUGCAUUUAUUACUGGAAGCCUACUGCUACAGAGAUAUUUUUCUGCCUUGAUGAUUUAGCCAAUUAUCUUGGUCUUGAUAUUUUUCAAAAAUGGGAAACGUCUUUGCAAAUGGAAAAUAGCUGGUUUUUAUUUGUAUGAUUAUGAGGACUUUGAAGAUUUUGAUUCUAGAAGGAUUUCUUAGUAGUUCAGGUUGGGUCAAAAACUAGUCUGAUUUUGCAUGUGGAAGUAUUCGAUUGGUUAGUAUGCCUACCAACAAAGGUCAAUAGCUCAGAUAUAUGGAUAUCUUAUUCCACCAUGGUUCUUUAUUAAACUGCAGAUAGAUAAUCAGUGGAACCAUAACCCAUCUUUCUUGAAUAAAGAAGUAGUCAUCUUGUGCAUAUAGAUGUUAGUCCACUUAAUUUCUUAAAAAACAUGGUGUGAAUCCUUGUUAUAUUAUUUUUCUUCCUUUUAAGUGCUUUGUCUAAUACGAUACCUUUUUUUUUUUUUGUCAUUUUUUAGCGUUGCUAGUCCUUUCAUUUUUCCUCUAAUAAUUUUCAUAUCCUUUUCUGUACGCAUAUAUAUUUUCAGUAUGAUUCAAUACAUGGAGUCUUCCCUUAUUCAAUAAAUUGUGAACUCGUGUUGCAUGUUCUGGUGGUAUCUGCAAUAUAAGCUUUUCUUUUAGUUCUCUAUUUCCUGUAUUAGUUGUGGGAGUCGAAUUCGCAAAUAAAUAUAUUGGAUUUUUUGUUCUUUUAAUUUGAGUUAAGAUAUAGGACAUUGUUUAUGUGGAUCUAAUAGGAAGUUUUAGGCCCAUGACGGUUCACUUCUUAUUUAACUUGCGCAUGAAUACACGUGGUUCCGAAUGACAGAUGAAUGAAUGGUCUUUUUUUUACCAAAGAUCCAGCUGAGAUCCCAUGGAUUGAUUUUGGAGGUGAAUACAUUGUUGAAUCUUCUGGUGUUUUCACAACAACAGAAAAGAUGGCAAUAUCAACUCCAUCUGCUGGGACUCCUCUGUUUGUGAUUGGUGUAAAUGAGAAGGCACAGGAACCGAGCAUCGAGCGGUGUCUCUAAUGCAAGCUUCACAACCAUAUUCUCAAAUUGCGGAGGUAGGCUGCUUCAUAAUACGUUCCUCUUGCCAACUAUCUUUUUUGUUGUUUGCCAAAUGUAUGAAAACUGAAGGUUUUUUGCUUUUGUAUGUCUAAUGUUUUGACAGUACUUUUAGUGAUCAUACUGCCAAAAGCCAUGUAGAAGAAUUUAGUAAUGCAUGAACCACUAGAACAAAUACGGUGAUUUUUCAGUCACCAGACUUGUGUGGUUUAACCGGUGCUUAACUUCAAGCCCCUUCCAUGUGGAAGAUGAUCCAAAAUCCUAUAGAGAUCCCCACUUUUUUAUAAAGGUAUGCUUGACAGCGUGAGGGCCUGAGGGCCCUCCGAAAGGCAUUUCUUGGGUAACCUGGUGAAGAUGUUGUCUCGAAUGAUUUCAUUGGCAACUCAAGGUGUUGAGAGUGCAACCUUAUAAUUAGGACAAAUCCUGCAUUUACGGAUGGCAUGCUUUGCUGUUUGUUUUCAGGUCUUUUAUCUAUGAUGCUCAUCUAUUAUCGGAUCAAGUGGCUCUACGGGUGAUGGACCUCAUCUGAUACCAUCGGAGCUGUCAUGGAUUCGUUUGUGUUGUCGAUCAGGUAAAAAAGAAGUCAGUAGAAUAAUUAUGUGGCCGACGAGGAGCGAGCCGGAAAGGUAAAAAGCAAUGGAUGAAAAGCCAAUCACCUGUCUCUCAAAAGAAAUCUCCCCCAACCCAUCAGGAUCGAUGAGUCCAUCUUUUCCAGAACGAGUACAGUACACCAUCGCAUGCAGCAGGUACCAAAAUCUCUGCCUUGCCAUCGAGCGACGGUUACUAGUGGAGUACCCAACUGGGAUGGGCUGUCCCCAACUCAAAGAGUAAAAGAAGAGGGAUGGAGGAGGAGUUGGAGCAGCAUGUGAACCUCUGCAUUUGGAGGUCAGACAAGAUGGUCCUGCAAGAAAAAAGUCAAGGGGAGAAAUAGUUGCAGGACAGCAACCCCUCGGUGCAUGCUAUUCAUCCAUCGCACGACAUUUGAAGAGGAGAGGGGAGAGGUGGGAGGUCGGUAAAAAAGAAGAACGAAGGAGAGAAAAAUGUUUUGUCUUGGCGAUGAGUAGGUUGAAGCAAAGAUCAUGUUCUAGAGAAAUGAAUGCACAUCAGCAUUAAUAUCCGGUGUCGGUAGGUAGGUAGGUAGUGGGGGAAAGUAUAUAUUCUUUGCGACGACAACAUCAUCAUCGUCGUCAGCGUCUUUUACAAGCAUAUCAAGAACAGGGAUCUGGACAUCGCAUGUGAGACAUGAUCGCUUGCUUCCGGUUGCAGAUUCAUGAAUCCUCAAGUUUUAGGAAGAGAAGCCUCAUCCGCGAGCAGUGUGAUACAGUGAUAUGACUGUGCUACACGAAGCAUCGCAUGCCGAGGAGGAUCCGAGCACCGAGUCACAAGGAUACGGCACUGUCGCUGACCCGCUGCGGUACUUGGCCUUUGGACGACAAACAGAGAUGUGCCUGUGCACACGCACACGCACACGCACAGUGAAGUCCUCGAGGUAAAAGAGACGGAGAACUUUGUUGUUGGGUCAGCUCGACUCGAGUAUGAACUUUCGCCCUUGGAGGGAGGGCAUCACAGCAGAGUUAAAAACCAGGGUGAACAUCAUCAUCAUCUUCAUCAUCAUCCGGUCGCGUUGCAGAAGUGUUCAGAAAAGUCCACACAGAAUUGGUUUGUAGGGCACAAGUGCAUGUGAAAGACCUCUGUCCCAUCCAUGCACAUGCACAGAAUUCUUUUUCCUCUCUUCCGCAUCAUUCUCACUCGCCCUCCUAUGAUUCAUUCAUUCACCGGGGUUUCUUCCCCCUUCCCAAGUUGAUGGUAUGUAUAGAUACAUCAAGUCGAUGAUUUGGAUGAUGCAGGAUCCUCCACGUGUCACAUCCCCCCACCCCCCCGGGGAUAAAUAAGCGUGUAGCAAGCGAGCAUGAACAUGUCCUCUUCUUCCUCGCUUCGCAUGGGAGUGGGAGGUGGAGGGGGAGAUGUCCUCCCACCGCCUCAUCACCAUUGGCCCUGUUUUGGUCAAACGUCGCGAAAGGAGUCGGGAACCCAAAAGCCUCGCGGUGGGGCCGCCGCCUCAAUCUUUCUGAAAACAGAGUCAAGCCAUACCAGUUUCUCUGUCAGGCGUUUCAACUGAAGUUGCAGUCUCUGAGGUGGUCAGAGAAGGUCCCUUCAGCCUUCGGUCGGUGCUCUAAAUAAAGAUGCAAGUCUUCAUCACCCUCUGCUUCGAAAGCUUUCCCCGAUAUGACGGCCAGCGACGCCACCUACUCCUCGUCAUCCUGGGGUGCACACGGCAUCAUCGUAAACGUUCACCUUACGACAAGCUAGUGAUGAGACACUCCCAUGUCAUCAAGAAAAUGGUCGAUCGGCAGAUAUGACGACAUGCUGCGUCUUCCAUGGCCUAUUGCCUUCUCCUGGUUGUGGAUAGCUUGGUUCCAUCUGAGCUUGCAAAGGCCACCUUGAUGAAUGACCAAGCCAGAGAGGCAGAGGAAGCAAAAUCGUUUUCCUUGUGCAACCUCAUUUUAAUUUUUCUUUGAGGGAGAAAAAGGCACAAGGAAACAGUAAUUGUGUUUCUGAAGCCCCCACCAAUUCCUCCGCUCCACAUUUCCGAAGAAAAACACUUAAAAACAGGAACGUAGAUCUAAAAAAUGAUUUGUUCAAGUAUCACUUCUCUUAAAUUUUCCUUAAAAAAUUGUUUUUUGGUGUAGCAUAUGUAUUCUCUGUUGCCUCGAUAUAUUUCUUUUUUGCUCCCCCGUCUUGUCACCCUCCUCUAUAUAUAAUAGAGGGAGCAAGGUCGAUACCCUUCCCCCCCUCUAAUCGUCUCAGCUCAGACUAAACCAGUCGUAGUACACGUGAAGAGAGAGAUAGAGAGAGAGAGAGAGAGAGACUUGGCUCAGAACAAUCUGAAGAGAAGAGAAGAGAAGAGGGGAGAGAGAGAGAGAGAGUGUGUGUGUGUGUGUGUGUGUUUAUGGGAAGAAGGGAGUAUGGAGGAGGAGGAGGAAUGCCGGGAUGGCUGGGCGCUCUGGUGGAAGAGAGCUUCUUUGUGGGGUGCGGAAGCCACGAAAAGCGGAGGAAGAACGAGAAGAACAUCUUCUGUCUCGGGUGCUGCACCAGCAUCUGCCCCCACUGCGUGCCCGCCCACCCUUCACACCCUCUCCUCCAGGUGCGACGCUACGUAUACAACGAUGUGGUUCGACUGGAUGAUCUGGAGAAGCUCAUAGACUGCUCUUUUGUUCAGCCUUACACCAUAAACAGCGCCAAAGUGGUGUUUCUGAAGCCAAGGCCUCAAUCUAGGCCCUCCAAGGUCUCUGGCAACACUUGCUUGACCUGUGACAGAAUCCUCCAAGAGCCCUUCCACUUCUGCUCCCUCUCCUGCAAGGUGGAUCACGUUCUGCUGCAAGGGGAGGAUCUAUCGAGCAUAUUGUUCCGGUUCGAGGAGUCCGAGCUUGCCUUCUCUCACUUCGAGAAUCUCCGGAUGGACAAUUCCGAUCCCCUCGACGACGACGACGACGACGACGACGGUCAGAUCACCGGCAGCGCAGUCCUGGAACGGCCAAUGCAGAGCAAGGUCGGCUCACCGUCGGGCCAUGGAGGGAAGGGUAGCUCGGGAACAAAGAAGAACAAGAGUAAUGCUGGCUUCUUCCCGCAGAUAGUCCUGUCUUUGAACAACAGGAGGAAGGGCGCCCCUCACAGAUCACCUCUCUCCUAGUGUCGUCGUCCCAUGCUUUCUCGUCAUUACUAGAUUAUGUGCAGUAUGUUGCCGGUCUAUGGAGGAAGAUUGAGGAUUUCCAUUACUGACUAGGUGGACAUAGAGGCACCCAUGUUUGAGGUUCGCAGCGCCCACCAAUUUUGUACUGAUGCAAUGGAAUGCACAACUUCCGUAUCUAUCCCUGUAGCCUUCGAAUGUAACGAUGGGGAUUUAUUUCUAUGCU